AAUCGGGGUUAUUCUCAUAAUUUCCGUUCUUUUAUUUCGUUAAUAAUGGCUGCUAGUCAGUCAACAACAAUAACAAAACAAGAACUUGAUGAAAAAUAUAAUAUAAAACGACCACAAUAUGACGAAGAAGACCUGAUUAAAUUACAACGUUUAGUAAUUACGGAGCAGAAGACUCAAAUCGACUGGCAAGAUCUUUGGCUUGAAGAGUCUGUAUUGAUACGUUUUCUUAAAGCUUUUUUAACUGUGGAGGAUGCUUUUACUGCUAUCCAAAAAUACUGUGACUGGCGAAUUAAAUAUGGAGUGGAAAACAUAUCUCCACAUGAAGAUUGCAUACUGAGAGAGACGGCUGUUGGUAGAGACCUUUAUUUUAAAGGAGUUGAGGAUAAAUGUGGGCGUCCUAUUGUAGUCAUGUAUCCGUAUUUGCAUGAUGCAUACCAUGGUGACUAUGACAGUAUUUAUCGUUAUAUUGUUUUUAAAUUAGAACAAAUGUGUGCUGUGUGUGAUAUCAAUGGUAGUCGUUCCUUUUGUAUCAUAUGCGAUUUAAAAGGGUUUUCAAUGCGCAACAUGGAUUAUCAGUGUAUUAAAAAAAUUGUAUGGUUUAUGAAAAACUGUUAUCCAGAAAGAUUAGGUGUUUGCUUGGUCAUUAACUACCCAUGGUUGUUUUAUGGUUGUUAUGAAAUCAUUAAGCAUUGGUUAAAUGAAGUGACACGAAGCAAAAUAUUAUUUUGUGGAGCAAAAGAAUUGCAAGACUUUAUUGAUGUGAAGAACUUCCCUGUACCUCUAAUUGUUUGACUUGCCCAUGACUUACCACAUGCAUUAUUUUGCCUGUUGAUUUGCGUAAGAGGUCUGGGGAUUAUAAACAACACGAGUCACGUUGAAAGUCGUUCAUAAUAAUAUUCAUUUGCUUUAUUGUACUAAGUACAAUAGAGCAGUAUUUUUUUAUCAAAACACACAUUAUAUGGUAUUAUCUGUGAAGACCUGAAAAGUCUGCAUGGUUUUAUCAUAAAAAACAAAAUACAAAAUGUAUAUAUAUACAGAUUUUUUUGUAAGUAAAUAGUUUACAAGAAAAUGAGGCUCAAGAAGGUCAAAUCUGUUUUGUUUAAAUUUUAGUUCUAUCUUUCUAACACAUUUUAAUGACAAUUUAGUGCUAAGAAUUGAAUUUUGUUUAUUAUGAACUUUAGUAUGUAGUGGAAAAACAGGAUAAAAUAAAAAAACAAAACAGAGAUAUGAGUGUCCUAUUGUUGUGAUGCAUCUGUAUUUUCCGCACAGGUAUACAUGGUAUAUAUAUGAAGGUAAAAGUUAAAAAAUCUCUGGCUUAUUGCUAAAACAAUGUAAAAAAUUAUAAGGGACAAGUUAAAAUGUGAUUUACAAAAAAUAUGUCAGCGUUUAGUCUUUGUGUGGCAUGUAUAAAACCUCUGCAUUUGUACAAAAAAUUGAUUAAUAUAAGUUUUUGUUGCUAUAUUAACAAUUUUAACUGAAUUUCUUUGUCUUGUGUCAGACUUGCUUAGUCAGUUUUGUGUUUACGUAUUUAUGAUAGUAGUGAUGGUUUGUUAAUGUAUUGAUACUGUAUAUGCAUUUGUAAUGUACCUACAUUUUGUUAGAAAUACAAUGGAUUUCUUUGUUA